AUGCGUCGACAAGCGGAAUGGGGCGACGUUGAUUUCUUGACGGGCGACUACCUCGCGGAGAUCAAUCUCCCAGAAAACAAAAAGGGAAUGGAUGCCGGUUUGCACGAGGGUUGGGAGCCGACUUGUUGGGACGGUUUUGUGCAAACCAUCGAUCUGAUUGCCCAGAAAGAGCUAAAAGUCAUCGUCAAUGGAGGAGCCCUGAACCCUGCUGGGCUCGCAGCCAAAGUCCAAGAACUGGUGAACGAGAAAGGCUUCUCUCUCAAGGUUGCCUACCUCUCCGGCGAUGAUCUGACCGAAGAAACGAAAGACCAAAUUGCUCGAACAGGUCAAAUCCCAGCUCAUCUCGAUUCUAAUAAUCCCGACGUCAAGGUUGAGAAGCUAGCUGUUGCGCUACAGGAUUACCAAUCUAGACCAGUGAUUACUUCACAUGCAUAUCUCGGUGCAAGGGGUAUUGUUGGGGCUUUAGACGGCGGCGCAGAUAUUGUCAUCGCCGGCCGAGUCGCCGACGCAUCUCCCGUUAUUGCUGCCGCUUGGUAUUGGCAUCAAUGGAAGCCAACAGACUACGACCAACUUGCGAGUGCACUUAUCGCUGGUCAUUUGAUCGAAUGCUCAGCAUACACCACCGGCGCCAAUUUUGCCGGAUUCGAUCAGUUCGAUUUGGACCUGUUUGUGGACCUUCCCUUCGGUAUCGCCGAGGUGGCUAACGACGGUACUGCGGUGAUUACCAAACAUGAAAACACCACGAAAGGCAUAGUAAACGCGGACACUAUCACAUGUCAGUUCCUCUACGAGAUCCAGGGCGCGAUCUACUUGAACAGUGAUGUUUCUGCCGACACGACCAACAUCGUAAUCAGGGACGUUGGCAAAAACCGGGUCCAAAUGUCGGGGAUCAAGGGCUAUCCGCCGCCUCCUACGACGAAGCUAGCUGUCUUCUACGACGCAGGGUAUCAAUGCCAGCUUUUAGCCAACGCAGCUGGGUACGCUACAGAGAAGAAAUGGCAGUUGUUCGAGAAGCAGAUGCGCUUUUUCCUCAACGAGAGAGGUGUUCUGGAUCAGUUUGACCACCUGGAAUUCCAGAUUGUGGGCGUGCCGGAGCCCAAUCCUCGAAGCCAACUCCGCAGUACGACAUAUUGUCGUGUCUUUGCCCAGGCUCCGACUGAAGAGGCUAUUUCCCAGAUAUUCCCAGCUUGGGCGGACCACAUAAUGCAACACUUCCACGGGUUGCACUGGUCGCUUGACUACCGUACUGCUCACCCCAAGCCGUACAUAUCUUUCUAUCCCGGUCUGUAUGAUCAGACCGCUCUCAAGGAAGCAGCACACAUUCUGGGCAAAGAUGGAAAAGUCGUCAAAACCAUUGACGCGAAAUUGCCGACCGAGUACUACCAUCUGGAACGAAGGAUUAAUUUUGACGCCGAACCGUAUGCUUUGCGUAACCCACAGGGACCCACUCGAACUGUCACUCUGGGUGAUAUAGCAUACGGCCGAUCCGGAGACAAAGGGGCAAACUGUAACUUCGGCAUCUACCCCAGGAACCCGGCUCAUUGGGACUGGUUCCGCGGAUACAUGUCGCGGAAGAAACUUCAGGAGUUGAUCGGCGACGACUGGCGAGACACGUACUUCAUCGAGAGAAUGGAGUUCCCAGAGAUCAAGGCGGUGCAUUUUGUGGUAUACGGUAUCCUCGGUCGUGGCGUGUUGGCAAGCACCUUGCUCGAUUCCCUGGGCAAGGCGUUUGCUGACUAUAUCCGGGCGAAAACGAUCGAUAUCCCCCUUGAAAUCCUGGAGCUGUAA